UGAUAAAUAGAGAAAGGAAUGUUUCACUUGAGGCCUUCCUUUGUGUUUGUGCCUUCUGUGUAGCUUUCAGGAGAAUUGAAAUUUGAACCUUCUCCUACUGGUGUUCUUUUCUUCUUCCUUCGUUUUAUUACUGAUAACUAGGGUUGAUCUUCAAGAAAGCCUGUUCCUGGUUCAAUUCCUGAGCAUGAUAUAUAGUUCUGGGAGUAUAUGUUGGUGUCUUUCUGUUUUUCUAGUGUUCUUCCUGUGCUAAAUAAGCAAACCAUCAACCCAUCAGCUCAUUGGAAGCACUCUUUUGCCUCCUUUUCUGUUCCUGGUGAGACAGGAGAGGCAGAGUUUGUUCUUUAGGAAUUAUGCACUAUGGGCAAUUGCUGGUUUAGGGGGAAUCCAUACUUUAACAGGGUUUCUUCCAAAGCAACCAAAUCAGAAUCUCCAAAAAUUCAGAGUCCAUCAGAGAGAAGUGAAAAGGAAGACAGCUAGCUUCCAUCCAACCCAAAAGAGGUGGAGGCACUGAGAAGGGAUUCGGGUCGUAACCCUUUGAUAGCAUUCACAUUUGAGGAGCUCAGGAGAAUUACCAAAAAUUUCAAGCAAGAUUCAUUAAUAGGGGUUGGUGGAUUUGGCAGAGUCUACAAAGGGUACAUCACCAAAGAUAUUUGCGAAGGGUUAGAGAUAGAAGAGCCCCUGCGAGUUGCAGUUAAGGUCCAUGAUGGAGACAAUAGCUACCAAGGCCAUAGGGAGUGGCUGGCUAAGGUUAUAUUUCUUGGGCAUCUCUCUCACCCAAAUUUAGUGAAGUUGCUUGGGUAUUGUUGUGAAGACGACCACAUGGUUCUCGUUUAUGAGUUCAUGCCACUGGGAAGUGUGGAGUCACAUAUGUUCUCAAGGGUUAUGAUGCCACUUCCAUGGUCUACCAGAAUGAAAAUUGCGCUUGGUGCUGCAAAAGGACUUGCUUUUCUGCACGAAGCAGAGAAGCCAGUCAUUUAUCGGGACUUCAAGACAUCAAACAUAUUGCUAGAUGAGGAAUAUAAUGCAAAACUUUCUGAUUUUGGGCUUGCAAAAGAUGGACCAGUUGGCGACAAGUCCCAUGUUUCAACUCAUAUUAUGGGUACAUACGGUUAUGCAGCACCAGAAUAUAUCAUGACAGGGCAUCUCACGGUGAUGAGUGACGUCUACAACUACGGUGUUGUACUCCUCGAGUUCCUGACAGGGCGGAAGUUGCUGGACAAGUCCCGACCGGUCAGGGAACAGACAUUAGCAGACUGGGCAUCCCCAUUGCUGACACAGAAGAAGAAGGUGCUUGGCAUAGUAGACCCCAGGCUUGUCGAGGACUACCCAGUGAAGGCGGUGCGGAAGACAGCAAUGCUGGCAUACCAUUGCCUUAACCGCAACCCAAAGGCUAGGCUGCUGAUGCGCGACAUUGUUGCCACCUUGGAGACUGUUCAGCAGCUAGAGGACAACCCCAGUGACAAUGUGGCUAGUGGCAGUUGAAGUGCUCACUUCACACAGCUCAGAGAACACAGAUAUGACAUGUACUUCAUAUGUGUGAUAAUAGUGGUUGGCUAGUGUUCUUGAUAUGCAGAUGAUUUAUUAAUUAUUUUAAUUCAUGGAGACAAGAGUUUUGCUGAGCAGGAAGUUAGUAUAUAUCUCCGUAGGUUCGUUUGUGUAUUUAGUCUUGGCAUGGUAAGUUUUGACAUUUUGGAUGUGGGAAGGUUCUGUGUUCUCUGCAAUGCUUGUUUGCCCACCAGGGAAGCUUUGCCUGCCACCGUGUUUGUAACCGACCAUUGUGUAGCUCAUGAUCUGUGUAUGUUCAGUGAUGUUGAUAUAUUUUUCUUAAGAGAAAGA